AUUUCUCAGUUGAAGUCUCCAAUAUAAAAGUGCAACAGAAAAAUCAUUAAGAGUAGACCAAAACUAUGUUAGUGAUUAAAGGCUAGGAAGGGCUUUUCAGCCUAUGGCGUGGGAACAGGAUUUUUUAAAAGUGUUGCAAAAUAUUAUUUCACUGUGCAGUGUUGGAAUCCUGGUGUAUCUACCCGUAUGGGCUUUAGGAAGAUACAUUUGUGAAGAGCCACCCAUUUGUCAGUCAAUGCAAAGGAAGGCUCAUUGUAUGUUUUGUGAUCCGGAAAGCCUUAUCUACUAGUUCUCUUGAGCCAAGGGACCUAUUUUCAAAGGUACUGGGAAUAUACUGAGUACAUAGGUAUACUUGGAAACUUUUUCUCUAGUUUAUUCCACUAAAGACUUUUAGUGAAGAUGUGUUUCACUUCAGCACUGAUGGUUGGCAGUAUUAAAUGUAUGCCAUGGAAAUUGUUAAUGCAGCUUCUACACUUAUUUCAAAGGUUGAUAUCAGUAGUUGAAAUAAUUCAGGCUUUUGGUAGACAGAUUCUUUUCAUCUUCAACUCUUACGUGGCUAUAACUCUGUUCUGCGAACCUUUCAAAUUUGCCGUUUUUUUUCCUCCAGCAUUUCACUAUGAUAAAUUUCAAACAAUGCAGAAAAGUUGAAUUGUGCAGUGAAUAUUCACCACCUACACAGCAAUAACAUUUUCAAGACAGCUGUCAUAUGCUUGUGUUUUCUGCCUAGACCUAUGAUCAUUCCUGUGAGACCUCACUGCACGCUUUCUCAAGUGUCUUCCUCAUCCCUUACGUGUAAUCCUUCAACAUGGACCUGCUACUUUAGCUAAGAUAUGACCAGCAAUGAAUAGUAGUAAGAUAUGUGCUGAUUAGAAGGCUACUUGUGCAGUGUGGAGGAUAAGACAGUGCCUUACAAAAAUGGGGUUUGGGAGUGACCUGAAGAAUUCACAUGAAGCUGUGUUAAAAUUGCAAGACUGGGAAUUACGGUUACUGGAAACAGUGAAGAAAUUCAUGGCCCUGAGAAUAAAAAGUGAUAAAGAAUACGCAUCUACUUUACAGAACCUUUGUAAUCAAGUUGAUAAGGAAAGUACUAUCCAAAUGAAUUAUGUCAGCAAUGUGUCUAAGUCUUGGCUACUUAUGAUUCAGCAGACAGAACAACUUAGUAGAAUAAUGAAGACACAUGCAGAGGACCUAAAUUCUGGACCUUUACACAGGCUCACCAUGAUGAUCAAAGACAAGCAGCAGGUGAAGAAGAGUUAUAUAGGUGUUCAUCAGCAGAUAGAAGCAGAGAUGAUAAAGGUUACAAAGACAGAAUUAGAGAAAUUAAAAACCAGCUAUAGACAAUUAAUAAAAGAAAUGAAUUCUGCCAAAGAGAAAUAUAAAGAAGCUGUAGCUAAAGGGAAAGAAACUGAAAAGGCCAAGGAACGUUAUGACAAAGCCACAAUGAAACUUCACAUGUUGCAUAACCAGUAUGUAUUGGCAUUGAAAGGGGCACAGCUUCAUCAGAAUCAGUAUUAUGACACUACACUUCCUCUGCUUCUGGAUUCCUUACAAAAGAUGCAAGAAGAAAUGAUAAAAGCACUAAAAGGUAUAUUUGAUGAAUACAGCCAGAUAACCAGUCUUGUUACAGAGGAAAUAGUGAAUGUCCAUAAAGAGAUUCAAAUGUCGGUUGAACAGAUAGACCCUAGCACAGAAUACAAUAAUUUCAUAGAAGUCCACAGAACAACAGCUGCUACGGAGCAAGAAAUUGAAUUUGAUACUUCCUUACUAGAAGAAAAUGAAAACCUUCAAGCAAAUGAGAUUAUGUGGAAUAAUUUAACAGCAGAAAGUUUGCAAGUAAUGUUGAAAACUGUAGCAGAAGAACUUAUGCAGACACAACAAAUGCUUUUAAACAAGGAGGAAGCUGUCCUGGAGCUAGAAAAGAGAAUUGAGGAAUCUUCUAAGACCUAUGAAAAGAAGUCUGAUAUUGUACUUCUGCUAAGCCAAAAACAGACACUCGAAGAGCUGAAACAGUCAGUCCAGCAGCUGAGGUGCACUGAGGCAAAGUUUAUAGCCCAGAAAGAAUUACUAGAGCAAAAAGUGCAAGAAAAUGAUGGGAAAGAGCCUCCUCCAGUAGUAAAUUAUGAAGAAGAUGCACGAUCAGUUACAUCUAUGGAAAGAAAGGAGAGGCUAUCCAAAUUUGAGUCUAUUCGCCAUUCAAUUGCUGGAAUGAUUAGGUCUCCAAAAUCUUCACUGGGCACUUCAACAUUCUGUGAUUCGAUCCCCAUAAUUGAGAAGCCUCUGGCAGAACAGGACUGGUACCAUGGUGCAAUUCCCAGAAUAGAAGCGCAAGAUCUGUUAAAACAACAAGGAGACUUCUUGGUGCGAGAGAGUCAUGGGAAACCUGGUGAAUAUGUCCUUUCUGUAUUUUCUGAUGGACAAAGGAGACACUUUAUCAUACAAUUUGUUAAUAAUUUAUAUCGAUUUGAAGGCACUGGGUUUUCAAACAUCCCUCAACUUAUAGACCAUCACUAUACAACAAAACAGGUCAUCACUAAAAAAUCAGGUGUAGUUCUGCUGAAUCCUAUUCCUAAGGACAAGAAAUGGGUUCUCAAUCAUGAAGAUGUCAUAUUGGGAGAAUUAAUAGGCAAGGGAAAUUUUGGUGAAGUAUUUAAGGGCACAUUAAAGGAUAAAACUGCUGUUGCUGUUAAAACAUGUAAAGAAGAUCUUCCUCAGGAACUGAAAAUAAAAUUUUUACAAGAAGCCAAAAUUCUCAAGCAGUAUGAUCAUCCCAAUAUUGUCAAACUUAUAGGAGUAUGCACACAAAGACAGCCUAUCUACAUCAUUAUGGAACUGGUUCCAGGAGGUGAUUUCCUCUCCUUUCUGAGGAAGAAGAAGGAUGAAAUAAAACUCAAACAAUUAGUGAAAUUUUCAUUGGAUGCUGCUUCUGGUAUGGCAUAUCUGGAGAGUAAAAACUGUAUACACAGGGAUCUUGCUGCGAGAAACUGCCUGGUAGGGGAAAAUAAUGUUCUAAAAAUCAGUGACUUUGGAAUGUCUCGUCAAGAGGAUGGUGGAGUGUAUUCAUCUUCUGGCUUAAAGCAGAUUCCCAUUAAAUGGACAGCACCAGAAGCUCUUAAUUAUGGGAGAUACAGCUCUGAGAGUGACGUGUGGAGCUUUGGCAUCCUGCUCUGGGAGACCUUCAGCUUAGGGGUCUGCCCAUACCCCGGAAUGACGAAUCAGCAAGCCCGAGAGCAAGUGGAAAGAGGAUACCGAAUGUCGGCCCCUCAGCAUUGUCCAGAGGACAUUUUUAAAAUUAUGAUGAAGUGUUGGGAUUAUAAACCUGAAAACCGCCCCAAGUUCACAGAACUUCAGAAGGAGCUCACUGUCAUCAAGAAGAAAAUCACAUAGUGACGGAACAGCGCAAACCCUGCCCGCCUCCAGGACUCCAUCCUCCACUCUCGUUCACAAUGAGUUUAUACCACAUUAUGUGCAACAGUCUUCUAAGGUUAUUUUUUUUAUUAACUGUUUUUUUUACACUAUGUGCCAUUAAAAAAGGUCAAAGUUAAAUGCAUUCAAGAGACAGACAGUCCUACCAAGGGCUUUCUUGCUCCCCACCGCAAUCCUGCCAUUUCAGCCUGUUGUAAAUAGAAAAGCACAGGCUCUAAAUGUGAGGGGGAACCAGUCCGUCUUUGUCACACCAGGACCCUUGCUGUUUCUCAGAGGUUCUGACUCCCGGCCCAGCUCAUGGGCCACUGGCCUCUGCCACAGACCCUGCUCCGUCGGUGCUGUUGGCUGCACUGGUCACGCCAUGUUCGCAACAUUCCAGCCAAGGCUGGCUUUCCGCUCUGCUAAGGAAGAGUGUAUUUGUCAACAUCAUUUUAUGUUGGGAAUUAUUUGGACCUCCUAAGGUUUUUCUUUCCUUUCUUGCCAGAAAUAAGCGCAGCGUAAGAAUCCUCAUGUUCCGGUUUUAUUAGUAAGGCUGCUGCUUCCCUCCCCUUCCGUUCAGGCAUCAGAAAAUGAUGCAUGAAACGUCCUCAAAGAGCACACUUUUAGUUGAGGCCACAGCUUUUCAAGGAUGUUGUAGAGAGCUGUGACAGCAAGAAGUAAGUUGGAACAGGAGGGUGGUCUGGAGAAAAGGGCAGCUAGACGGUCAUCAAAGAGAAGAAAAGGAAAAUAUAGAAUCUGCCUUCUUAUCAGAGUUAUGCCUUCACACACACACACACACACACACACACACACACACACACACACCCUCUUUAUUUUAUGGUUUGAAUUCAUCAAAACGAUUCUCAGAAAUGUUUGUUUUCAGGAGUUCAUAUUUAAAGCCUUCUUAAUGGCCUCAGAAAUUUUUGUAGAGGAACUUCAAAGCACAAGUCCACAGAAAUAACAACAUACUUUUGGUUAAGGACCUUCCCUUAAGAGGAGAAAUCCCAAAAUUUAAUUCCCUUCAUGUGAGCCAGUUUCCAAAGCUGUCAGAAUUUCAUGAUCCUAGUUCAUAAACAUAUCCAUGUGUGUACACACGUGGGCGUGUGCAUGUAGACACACACACACACACACAUAAAACUAAGAAGCCAGGAAGCUGUAAAUGGAGUAAAUGGUCAAGAAGUGAAAUGAAGAUUAUUAAGGAAACAGAGAGAGAGAGAGACAGCCCUCCUACCGCCACUUGCCCCCUUCGUUUACUCUUACACUGUUACCUGGAAAUCCCUAUCAUUAGCUGACAGGUAUGCAAGCACAGCUCUGGAGAUGCUUCACAGGAAUAAAAUGUUAACACAGAGUUGAAACUAGAAUUCUGUUUAGCUGAAUCUUAGCUGCAUCCAGGGAACUUACCCCAUGCUCUGUGUAUAGUUGCCUCUCAGGAUAAAUAUGUGUGGAAGAGAUCGUCACGCUCAGGGGUAAAUGUGGCUUGGGAGCUUUUAAUAAGAGCUCAGGCCUGUGUCCAAAGAGCACAUUAGUGACUGUUUGGUCUCCAUUCAUUGGAAGAGCUUCUGGGAUAGAAAAUUCCUCCUACCACCUCCAGCUCUUUGCUGCCCGUGAAUAUCACUGCACAAAACUCACACUCAGUUGAUUUUAAAGAGUAUACAGGAUAAUACUGAAGAGAAAAAUGGCUUGUGUCCACCAUUUCAGUCUCCUUGCCAGCUUUGUACACAUUUAAUGAUUACCACACCCAGACUAAAAUGAAAGUUUGAAUACACUUGCCCUCAAAAAUACUGCAGUAUACAAAACAGCUUUUUUUUUUUAAAAUUAGCAUCGUUUCCCUUCUGUCAAAUAUUGGAAAGAAAUGAAGCCUUCUCUUGAUGGUGUAUACUAUGGUCAGUUAAAGCACAGAUUCAUGAAUUAAGACCUCUAGUCUUCGGGCACUUGCCAGCUUUCAAAAGCAAGAAAAAAAAUGGGGACAUUUCCACUCUUUGUCAGUAUUUCCAAGUGCAUCUCUCUGUACUAUUCUUUAUUUAAAGAAAACAGCCUCCCAUCACUGAGCAGCCCCAAUGCUAAGCUCUCAGUAAAAGAGAGAAUGAUGGUUCGGGCUUCAAUUUUGUGAAGACCUGAAGUUUAAAUCUUUGCAUUCUGGUGCAAAGGAUGAACAUGGCAUUGAUAUUUCACUCAUCCAGGCUGUUAGAAUUUGCAAUUCACAUCAUAACUCUGUGCUUAAAUUAAAGAAGCUUUUCAAAACAUCAUGACAUCUGCAGCAUUUAAAUUCUAUUUUCUUCUUUGUCCCAAAGCAAGCAGUGGUAUAGUUCAGGAUUAAUAACGCAUUGGGAGUCUUUCAGGAUCAUAUCAGUUGCAGAGAAUAUUAAAUUUCAUAUAGGCACAUGCAUUAAGAAAAACUUAUGCAGAUCAUUUUUUACCGUUAAUUUUGUUGUGCUCGAAGCAUAAUUUAUUCAUCCCUUCUGUCACUGAUAAUUAUUGGAAUUAUAUACUUCAGGAGGCUAAUCCAUAUCCGAAAAGCACACGUACAAAUACUGUUCUGAAUUUGCAAGUUGAUGUAGAAAAAGAAGUCUUCAGAAAUACAUAAAAUCAUAUGACUUGUUUAAUAAGAAAACAGUUGUAACCAAAACUGCCACUGGUCUGAAUGCAAUUCAGCCAGGUCACAAAUCUUUGUAUUGUUAAUGGCUUUUUUCAAGCAUUGCAUAUAUUACUCCUAUACAGUUCCUGUCAUAAUUCCUUAAAUUUAUGAAUACGGAAUGAGGGGAGGGUAAGCCCAGGCAGUCUGACUCUCACCUGCAUUUUUCUACCUUGAAUCAUCAAGGAGCCUUUAUGACAAAUAUAUAGGUAGGUUAUCAUUUUUCAAGGAAAUAAGUCUUUUAUUGUCAAAAUAACAUUUAUUACCAACAUUUGAAACCUUAAAUUAUUUUGUAUUCCAUGUAAUCUAAGGUUACUUCCCAAAGCCAACAUAUUCUUUCUCUUCCAGGAAUAUAAUAAUAAAGGAUUAAUAAGUUUGUUUAGACUUUCAAAACCAGAGAUUUCAUUUCAGUCCAUCCUGCCACUAGGUCCCCAGUGAAAGGUCUCAUGUAAUCACUUCUCUUUUCUCUCCCUAAUUUCAUAUUGUCAAUAAAGUUCUUCAUCCAUAAUUCACCAUUUUAUCACAGAUACGCUCUUAUUGAAACAUCUCGCUAGCAGGUCAGUAUAGAAGAUGAGUCUAAUUCUAUCAGCCAUUAUUCAGUGCACAUUUCACAACUAUUUUUCAUUUGAGGGUUGUUUCUAAAAGAAAAGAAAAUGUUUAUUCAUUGAAAUAGUCUUAAUUUCCUUUAAGCCACGAUAUAGUUUCCUUGUCUACGUUAUACUAAUGUUUCAGUUCUGACAUACAGUUUUAUAUGAAGUUUGGCUAAUAGCACUAAAAUAGCCAUGGCUUCACAGUACUGGUGUGAGAUUGUGUCAAGAAGUAAGUGUUUUAAUUAUAAUAUAUGCCACACACUGUGGACCUUGCAGAGGGACAAACAUAAAAAUUAGGAUGCAGAAAUGCAUGUCCAGGUCGUGUGUUGCUGCCAUUCGGUGAUCUCAGUCACACCUCUGUAUAGUCCAUUCUGGGGAGUCAUCAGCUGUUCUAGAAACGUACCUGGAAGCCUUCCUUAGUAUACAGUGUGAGCACUAUUCUGUGGCCGUGUGUCCUUUGAAGUGACGUUGAUGGAUUCUUUCUGAAAAGAGGUUGUUUGCCUCAACCCUGUUUACAUAUAUAUACACUCCCCAAUCACACCAUUGAUAUUUUAGAUAUUUCUUAUCAACAGACCUGAUUGUCCAUAAACACCAUUCUGAGUCAUAUGAAGACUGACUUUUGUAUUUAGGAGUUCACAGCCCUCACACAAAACAGACUAACGCAAAAUACAAAGAACAACAAAGGGGACAAAUAAUUGAAAAAGACAAGGUUUCUUUAUGUAUUAAUAUGUUAAUUAAAUGAAAACAAAGAUUUUAUAUGAAAAUGAGUUUAUAUGACAUUUCCAUUAUACUAUUAAGUUAGCAUGAAAGUUUACCAUUAAAAUAAAGUGUUACCUCUUUUGUUACUAA